CGAUGAACAUAUACAACGCGGCGGCGGCGGUCGUGGACCGCGUGCGAUCCAAGCACAGUGGCAUUCGAUCCGCGCUCUAUGCGCUGCCCAUCAACCACACUCUUCGCCCGACAGUGCAGGCGUUAGCGCAGGAGAGCCUAAAGCACGCCGAUGCCCUUGUUGCCGCAGCAACGUCUUGUGGUCUCCUCGAUGCCGUCAGUGAAUUAGAUGCUGCCGAGCGAAUCGACGCCAAGCGCUUCAACUCCCUGCCAUCUUUCUCACCAGAGAACUUUCUCGUCGUUUUAGUCUACGAGUUAGUAGUGGGUCCUCGCCGAAAGCUAAAAGGACGUCACACCGGUGCCAUCCAACUUGUCCGAGACGCGGCGCCGGCCCUUACCACGUACUUGGAGACCCAUCACAGCGCAUUGAUCAAGCCUGUUCAAGCCAAAGUCGCAUCAACCGACCACGCGUUUCCGCGGUAUGUGCGGGUAAACACGCUGAAAAUGACCCCCGACGCUGCCAAAGCCGUGUUUGUCAAGGCAAAUAUCCCCGUGCGCGUUCACGAGUUUGUUCCUGAGCUGCUGGUGCUGCCACCAGGCACCAACUUGCACGGCCACCCGCUUAUUAAGAAAGGAUGUUUGUUCGUCCAAGAUUUGGCCAGCUGUCUCCCCGUUGCGUGUGUGGCUGCGCAAGCGAUGGACCACGACGUUGCCAUCGACACUUGUGCGGCGCCAGGCAACAAAACGACCCAACUGGCAGCUCGACUUGCGCUUGGAAAGCCGAAGAGCCGACGUGUGCAGGUGGUGGCGUUCGAGCGAGCUCCGGCGCGGGCCAAGUCCCUUCGAGCCACCGUCGACAAGGCCAGCGCGAACGAUAUUGUAUCCGUCAUGGAAACGGACUUUUUGACAAUUGACGUCAACGAUAUGCGUUGGAGCCAAGCCACGUUGGCUUUGUGCGAUCCGUCCUGCUCUGGCUCAGGCAAUGUCAAAGUCGGAGAAGCCCCUGUUCAACAUUCAAAGGAGGAAGUGCAAGCGUUCGCGGACCAUCAAGUUGCUAUCGUCCGCCAAGCAAUGUUGUUGCCAAACAUGCGUACGGUCGUCUACUCGACGUGCUCCGUCCAUCAAGCGGAGAACGAAGACGUUGUCGAUCGAAUCUUAGCAUUGUGUAAAGGAACGUGGCGACUUGGAAAAGCUCUGCCGGACUGGCCCCAGCGUGGCGAAGGAUCCAGCCGCAUGGCCCCCAAGUGCGUGCGAGCGUCCCACGCACAGGACACCCACGGCUUUUUCGUCAGCAUCUUCGAAAAAACAGUAGUGGCGACAGGAGAGUCCGCAACGUCCACAGCCGCCUCACUCGAAGGCAAGAAGGCGGCAGCAGGGCAUUCCAAGCCAAAUAAGAAGAAGCGAAAGCGCCAGGCUACGACUGCUGAACCCACACCCGCAGUGAAGAAGCUCAAAUAACGCGGUGAAGUGGGGCAUUCGUUCAGUCCUCGGUGCGACGGUGGCUUUGAGCCAGUGUGCAAAUCUUCUUGGGGUAUUGAAGUAAAUCUACCAAUUAUUGUCGAAAACGAACCAAUCGUAUGAGUG